CCUAAUGCAGUGAAGGUAUCGUCGAUGUGGUUUUAUGCCCAAAUACCUUCCGCUGGAGGCCAACGACUGAGUUCUUAGAUUUGGAGGAUUCAGUCAACACCUUUGUCGCCUGGCCUGCUAAUAGAGUAAUCUUUGAGGCAAGUCCUGAAACGAGUUCUCCUAUUGCUAACUCUGAAUCAACUCCACCAGCUCCAAUAAAAAAACCAAUGAAAGCAAUGUCAGAAAGUUCUACUCCUAUAACUCAGGAAUCCAACCAAAUGGAAACGGGGAAUGAAAAUAAGAAGUGCUUGGUGAUGGCUAUUACUGGAAAGAAGCGAGUGAUUGCUGAAGGACGUUGGUCCACAAACGAUCCACUUCAAACAGUACAUUUUGUUCCCUUGGGUCCAAAUGCAGUUAAGGUGUGGAUUGAUGUUGUCAAAGUUAAAGAUGCUUGCGUAUGGAGGCCUUCGUCUGAGAUCGAGUGCAUGGAAGAUGCAAUAGGAACAACUAUUGCUUGGCCAGAGGAUAAAGUGGUACUCGUCUAA